UUUAUAUAAUAAUAUUAUAAAAUGGCAUAUUCAAACUCUAAUAGGUUCAGACCAAUUGAUAAGUUUACUAAUUAUUUCUGGAAUGAUGAGAAAACAUCUACUGAUGAUCUUAUUAAUGAUCCAGAGAGAUUCUUAUUGACUCAAGAUGGUGUUUUUGAUGCCGAAGGAGGAUAUACAGGAGCUUUCAUUCACUUCAGUGUCUUAGCAGGAGGAAUAGCAGCAUUGUUCGCAUUCAGACCAACCCUUGCAACCUAUUUCAUGAAGGGAUCCCUUAGAUUCAAUGAAUGGGCACUGAUCGGAGGUACAGGAAUUUUAAGUUAUCAAUUGGGAUAUUGGACUGGAGUUUCCACAUUCGGAGAUGCUCACAGACUUGAAAACCAUUACGCUGCAUACACUCUCGUGAAAUCCCAGAACAGAUAUGAGGGAAGAACCAACUUGCUGAAGAAACCAUCCUUCUAAUGUGAACUGCUAAAUA